AUACAAAGAGAUUGGAAAGUUAUAAGUGAUUUCUAGAUGUUUCACUGGGAGAGAGUGUUAUCUUAGAGGGGCAACAGAUGUUUUUUGAUUAUGGGAAAGUGGGAUAUGUUGGGAAAACAAAGAUGAUUGGAAAGAUUAGAGGAAGGAUACAUUGUGAAGUUGGUGAGAGAGAGAGAGAGCUAUAGAGAAAAUUAUGAUAGAUUUGUCUUUUAAGUAAAUACAUAAAAAGGUCACAAAAUGAUAGACAUAUAAAGAUCUAAAGGCACUUUUCAAAGCAGUCUUCAAAUAAAGUCAAGAUAUUUGUGCUCUCUCUUUCUACUAUUUUGCUCUCCUCUUUCUCCCAAACCUCAAAGCUACCCUACAACAGUCUUUUGAGUACAUUUGCAGUUAACUGCUUUAUGUUUUGGCUGAAAACACAAUGAUUUAAUUGGCUGGUUUAAGAGCCUUUCUGCAUAAUGUCUCCAAAAAGAGAAGCUGAGACUGCAAUUUAAUUUGAGACGAUAUUGUAGACAUUAAUUCGUUUACUAAGGCACUCUUGAGAGCUACAAAAAUGACCAACAAAUUUCAAUUAAUUUAUUGUCAUUUCAAAUGAUUUAUGACUUUCUUACACCAGUUUAUAUAUCAAAGUCAGUGAGUGAUCAGUGUUGCUUAAUGUCUCUCUGUCUAUCCUUCACUUUGUAGGUCAUAGGCAUGAUGAUGGCCUCUUGGGAAGAAAAUUUGGGUCAGCCCAAUCAUUCUGUUCUCGGUAUGGAAGGGGUAUCACACUUGUCCAGUCCCCUCUUCAAUCUCAGCAGCAGUUAUGGGGGGCCAGGGGCUUUUCUCUGGCUGGUCCCAUCAGAGAAUAUCACAUUCUCCACCACAAUGUCCACAAUGCAGCCUGUAGUCCCUCCGCGAGUGCGGGACCAGACCUUGGCCCAGGCAGAGAUCGGGGUGCUAGGGCUGGUAUUUGCCCUCACAACUCUGGGUAACAUCUUCGUGCUGUGGGUACUGCUGCGUAGGAAGAAACAUCACGCACCUAUGCACCUCUUCAUGGUCAAUCUGUGUGUGGCUGACCUAGUAGUGGCCUUUUUUCAGGUGCUGCCACAGUUGGCCUGGGAUAUUACUGAGCGGUUUCAGGGCCCUGAUGCUCUUUGUCGCUCAGUCAAGUAUUUGCAAAUUGUCGGAAUGUUUGCGUCCUCCUACAUGAUCGUUGCCAUGACUGUAGAUCGCCAUUAUGCCAUCUGCUGCCCGUUGCAGGCAUAUCGAGGGACCACGCCCUCUCAUUGGAACACCCCUAUCAUGGUUGCAUGGGGCCUAGCCUUGGUGCUCAGUUUACCACAGGUUUUUAUCUUUUCACAGUCAGAGGUGGCCCCUGGGGAGUUUGAAUGCUGGGGCCACUUUGCUGAGCCAUGGGGCCUUAAAGCAUAUGUCACCUGGAUGACCGUGGCUGUGUUCAUAUUGCCAGCCUUAAUCAUCACUGUCUGUCAGGUUCGCAUAUUCAGAGAGAUCCAUGACAAUAUCUACCUGAAGUCAGAGCGGGUGGUGAUGGCAGAAUUCAAGCGGAACUCUGUCUUCUUCCAUUUUCCUCAACGGGACGGAUGUGUGACCAAGGCCAUGUCUAAGACGGUGAGGAUGACUCUUGUCAUUGUUCUGGUCUACACCAUCUGCUGGUCUCCUUUCUUUAUUGUUCAGUUAUGGGCAGCCUGGGACCCCAACCCACCAGACCAAGGAGCAGCUUUCACCAUUCUGAUGCUAUUGGCCAGUCUGAACUCCUGUACUAACCCGUGGAUUUACACCGCCUUCUCCAGCAGUGUGUCCAGAGAACUGGUCACUCUGCUGCACUGCCACAUUGGGUUACCACGUCGAGGUUCCCUACCGGAUGACUCCACCACCACUCACACAUCCACCACCGCCAAGGACUCUGUCUACUGACCUCUUCCCAGAAUCCACCAUAGAGCACACAGCCAAAGGCCAAUGCAGUUUCAUUGACUGAUGUGUUGGCUAGAAUACACACAUGCUACCUAGCUGGUGAAGCUGGUUGACCAGCAUGGUAUUUAUAUAAGCUGGUUAAGCUAGUUUAAAAGCCUGGUUGGGACACCAGUACACUAGCUUCCCAUGUUGGGAGACCAGCACCCAAAACACAACGUAAGCUGGUGACCAGAAAUGCUGGUCUUUACAGCAGGGUGGUAAUUUCCACACGUCCUAGUGUGCAGGCUCAAACACAACGAAUUAAAAGUCUUUACCAGAUUCAGGUAUGUAAAUGGCGAUUACACAAUCUGAACAGCAGGUACUUAUAUGUCAACAUCGACACCACACUGUUAAAAAAAGCAUUCAGUUACUAAACAAAAUCACAGUGCCAAGACCAGUGGAUUUCACUGAUAGCUGUCCAUUUAGUUUAGUCUGUCACAUGAAAUCAGUCUAGAGUGAUGUGGGAAUGGCCAUACUGUAACUGUCUGAAUCAUACUGAGGAAGAGGAUGGGUUAGGAGGCAAAAGAUUGGCAGACCUCCAUUCAUCAACAUGUUUCUUUUAAUUACUCUCAUUGUUCUCAAAUAUUAGCAUCACCAGAUUAUAUCAGACUUUACAGUACAAAGUAUAUGCGGAAACAUGAGUGGGAACAGAAAAAAACGUGAACAAUGCAUGAAGAAUGGACAAAAGUUUAUCUGGAUGCACCUUGGACAGUUGCAGAAGACCUGCAACAAGAUGCUGCACAUCAGGAUGUCAAAUUUGAGGAGUGGAUCCACCAUUUUGGCAGCAUAGUUAUGGGGGUACACACUCUAGACUGGGAGAGAAUCGUACUCAAGUCAGAAAGACAGACUGCUGGGUUUUCCCGGUACACAUAGUUUAAAUAAAUAGAGUGUAGAAGACACUGUGAAUUGGAUUGAAUUGUUUAAGGUAUCUGAAUACUGACUAUUACACUAAAUCAUUAGAAGUCCUGGCAGUUUCAAAUGAUAGGUUGUACAGUGGGCAGAAAUCUCCAUUUGAUCACAAUGUUACACAUAAAGCUGAGUGUACAGGAUGUCAUUAAAUCUCAUCAUCUGUGUCAUUAAAUGUCAUUUUAGUGGUUUCAUUUUACAAUAAUGUACAUUGUGUAGAAGCUGCUAAUUGUGUUUGGCAUUUCAGUACAGCCAAUACUAAGCACAUAUACUGACAGUACAGUGCUAAAAAAUGUUAGUCUUUGGGUAAGAAACAAUCUUUCACAGAAGGAAGAAACAGGGUAAUAGUAAAUUUAAAUGCAUUAUAAAUCAGAUCAAAGGAAUGUACUGUAAAUACCAACUAAACACAAAAUUAAUAGCAAUAUAUUAUUAAUAUAAAUAUGCCCAAACUUAAUAUUAUAGGUAGCAAAAUUCCAAAAGCUGGAGUUUAAAGUUCUGCAUUGUGUAUAUAACCCCAUUGAAUCUGAAAACACGAUGAAGGCAAUGAUAGCGAAUUAUAUACUGAAUGCAUAGAAUAUAUGUAUACACUAACCAUGCCAUUUUUACUCUAACCCACAAAUCUGUAACUCUUUUAACUCUACCUCUGAUAUUUGCUUGAUUUUUGUGUUUAAAACAAAACAAGAUUCAUUGUUUCACCGUUGCAAUCAGGGGACCAUUCACAUGCUUCAGAGUAACUAAUUUGUACAGAAAAUAUUCAAAAUGUUAGAAUAUAAUAAAACGUGUUGAAGGAUUAAGAAAAACAAUGUUGUCUAAACUGCAACUUAAGCACCUUAUUAAUAAAAGUACCAUGGGCAUUAAUGUUUAAAACACAGAUUCUUGGGGUACCAAUUCAGUUGUACAUUUGCGUAGGCUCAUGAAAGGUUUAGAUCAGUCUCACACUUGUGCUUGCUAAUCCCACCUCAUCAAAUUAUUAAUAGAAACAGCACAGGUGACGCCCCGCAUGACAAACAACUGUUCGAUUAAAAAAGCACGAAUUUACAAGCACACAAUUAGGAUCUAAAGCAUUCAAAACAUUUAUUAAAAAGCCUUACACUGUUUAACUCCCAUUUCAUGCAGUCUGAUAUUCAAUGUUAGGCGUAUUCAGUGUUUCAUGUGGUGGAAAUACAAUCAGAAAUGGAGUAUUAUUUUCCCCACCUGACAGAAAUGAAGGAAUUGUUCAAUAAACAAGCUAAUGUUCAGUAUUGUUCUUGUGAAAUUAGGGACAUCUGUACCAUUUCUCUGAGUAUUAUAUGUCUAACAGCAAAUUAGUAAUCUAUUUAACUGCAAACUAGUAGAUACUAGCAUAGAGAUCAGACUCUGGGAAAAGUCUGAGAGAACUGAGAGUUAGUGGCUUUUUUUAUCUGAGAUAUAUAGAUUCAGUAUGAAAAAUCAUUAGCUCAUUUACCACAUAUUUCAUACACAUGAUGUGCAGUAGCUAAAUGAUCGGUAUUGUAAAAAAUUAUUUUUCAUACUUAUUUACUUUUUGUGGUUCUUUAUUUUGGUGGUGAUCAUCUUCAUAAGGCAAACAAUUAACGAUAUGUGUAUUUACACACCCUCAU